AUUAAGGAAACUAGGCUCCUCCCUCCUGUAAGGAAACGCGGACGUCCUGGAAACGAUCUCCCAGGCUCAGGAUUGUCCAGGGAGAGGAAGGGGGCAGAGUCAGGACCAGCGGCCGGUGGGGACGCCAGGGCCCCCGGCCGCCUUCCUGCCCAGUUCCUCCUCCUCGGAGGUCUCUGCAGACCCGGGCCUAAGGGGUGAGGGCGGCAACCCCUGGCUCAGCUGGAAAAUGUCUCCCUCAGGGCAAGGCAGCCUCGCGACCUCAGUCCUGCCAUCGCGGGGGAAGGAGCAACCCUGGCCUCCGUCUACCUCCCUCCGAUACUGCCACAAGAGGGAGGUCACUCCACAGUCUCGGGGUCGAGUCCAGCGCCCCGGUGGGAGUGAGAGUUUGGGUCCACAGAGGUCUUUGGGUGGUGCUGGGGCAUUGAAGAGGGGGCCCCUGGGACCUGUCUUAUCUGGGCGGGGCUGCCCGGGGCGGGUCCUGGGGGGUGUGUCUUCUUGUGGGCGGGGUCUGUGUCGGGGGCGGGGUCUGGCGCGCCAGCCGCUCAUUUCCGCCGGACGCGCGGCGUCUGGGCGGAUGGAGGCUACGCGGAGGUCGCGGCUGAGUUUGAGCCGUCGGAAGCCACCCUCGGGGGCCAGGCCUCCGAGCAAUCCCCCCGGGUCCCUCCCGGACGGCGGCGAGUGCGCGAAGCUGUGGACUCAGUUGCUGCGCAUCGCAAGCGCAGACCUGAACGUGGACGGCGAGAUGCCGCCGCUGCCCGCCUUCCCCGGCCAGGAGCCCAGUCGCAGCCCUGAGCGCCCGCCCCCGGAAAGAUUCACCGUGGGAACCGAGACCUUCUUCUGGACGCCUUUCCCGCCGCCCCCGCCGGGGCGAGGCGGGGACUCGGGCGGCUCCGACCUUGUGCUCAGCGCGGUCCGGGGGCGCACGGGGUCCCCCCCAAAACACCCAGCGCCCCAGCUCCGCGGAACCCCCAGCGCUGAGGAGCAGCCGUCGGAGGAGCAGCCCUCCCAGCGACAGCCGUCCGUGGACACGGAGACAACCCUGCAGAGGUGUCCCAUGUGCCAAGUCGACUUCGCCCCCGGGCUGGCGCAGCUGGAUGUCGACAGCCACCUGGCCCAGUGCCUGGCAGACAGCACGGACGACAUAGAGUGGUGAGCAGCCUGGCCAGUGCCUCCCCCGCCUGGCUGGGCCACCUCCUCUCUGCUGUGUCCCCAAAAACUGCAUGUUCAAGUGCAUCGGUGUGAAGUGCUCAUGUCCCAUCUCUUUGUGUUGAUACUGAAACAUUGAGUCCUUUUUCCUUUUUUGCUGAUGCUGAGCGAUGUGAUGACUGAGGUGGACAGAGCCACCCAGCAGACGGACUAACCCCAGGUGGGUAACAGGGACAGUGUCGCCAGCAGUGUGAGUAUUUGAACUCAGGGUGGCUUGGGAAUGGACGCUUUGCUGACUCCGUGAACUUGACUCGGGCUUCAUGACCAUGUUUGAAUCCCCAGGUCAACCUGCUCCUGCAGCUGCAGGGAUGCAGAGCAGCCCCUGGAAUUUGCGGAGAGGGAUCAGGUCCGUCUGCUGACGUCCUGUGUGAGCUUUGUCUCAGAGGCCCUGUGCAGGGGGGUCUUCUCUCCUGUGCCGUCAGUCCACAGGUUCUGGAAGAGCCUCAUCUCCAGCUCAGCCAUGGCUGCAAAAGUCUAAGGUUACCAUCCAGAAGUCAGUAUUUUCAGGAAAGGCUUCAGGCAAGCCAUGAAAAGACAUGGAGGAAAACUCUGUGCACACGGUACACUGAAAGGCUACAAGCUGAGCAAUUCCAACUCUAGGCUGUUCUGGAAAAGGCAGAACGCAUGGAGACAGCAAAAAGAUCAGUGGUUAUCAGGGAUUAGUGGGGAGAGGGUAUAAACAGGCAGAGCACAGAGGAUUUUUAGGGCAGAAAAACUUUAUGACCUGACAUGUCAGUGCAGCCUCUCGUUUGCAACAAGUGCACCCCCUGGGAAUGUAACAGGGGGAGAAGGGGUCUCUGUCUUCCUCCCCACCAGAAAUGGAAGUGAGGGACCUAAAACUGCUCUGAAAAAUAAAACUUGUUUUUAAAAAUCA